AUGCCGAUUAGUUCGAAGAACAAAGAGAAAGAGGCCGCAUCCCGCCUUCAGAAUGACGAGCCAGGCAGUGUGGACUGGGACAAAGACUGCAGGCCGGAGCACUCAGCUUAUGCCAGCGAGGUCUGCGCGGUAUACUUCCAAGGAAAUGGGCCUCUCCAUAUUCCUCGGGAACUCCUAAAUCAAAACGCAGAACUCGCUUCCCGGAAUAUGGAGAUAAGCUGUUAUUCUUCAUCCUUCCGCGAACUUCAUUUGGACGAUAUCGCCUUCGACACCGGCCAUAUCCUUGUCCACUUUUUGCAUACUGGCAGCUAUCAGUGUCUGAAGCCACAGGGAGAUACUACUGCCAAGAGGCAUACAUCCGAGUUUGUAACUGCACUUCGCACGUAUGUCGCUGCCCAAUCCCUUCAAUUGCUGUCUCUUCGCGACCUGGCAAAAGGAGAAAUGAUCAGACUGGGCAACAAGUUGAGCGUACUUUCUUUGAUUGAUAUUCUGGAAGAGCCAACGUCAUCUUUGAGCACUUCGCCAGGGAUUGUCGCGUAUGCUGAGUCUCGAUUUCUUGCUUUCGCGGAGAGUGUUACCCAUCCAAUUGCAGAGAAGGUACUUGCUGAGAUUGGAACUCCUAAUACACUCAGCAAGGUACUUCUGAAGACGAUGUUACUGCUCAAGACUUCAGAAGUGCUUCAGAGGGAUGGAUCGUUUCAGAAGAAGGUACUAGUGGAGAUCCUCCGGGGCCUCACCGAUAGCAAACCUGGAGCAGGGGCCUCGACGAGCAAGGUCCCGGAUGUAUAUCAAGCUAUGCAGGAAGCCGAAGAGAAAGUGGCUCGGGAGUUAAAACCUAUCGACGAGGAAGAGGAAAAAACUGCUGCUCAAGAAGCCGAGGAUGUUGUUAUUGCCUGGGAGAAGGCAGAGCUAGCUGCCCUGGUUGCCAAGAAGGCAAAGUCAAAGAAACGCAAGCUCAACAAGACAGACGCUCAGCGUUUCAGCAUUCUGACUGAGGAUGCGGCGAAACGAGCUGAGGCGAAAGCUGCCGCUGCCUCCGCCGCCGCAGACACUCCCACUGAUGAGGAUAAGCCUGCUGAAGCCAUACCUCCUGCAAAGGAGGAUGAGCCUGCGGAGAGCAGGGUCGCUUCAACGGAUCACUCAUUUGUGUUCCCAACACCAAAGAGUGAUCAGAUAAUCGCGGAGAUCAUUACAGCUAACUACGCUUUAGUGAAACCGUGUGACAACAAAGACGACUUGGAUCCUUAUCGGCUCCAAGCCACAGGAGAUAUGGGCUUCCCGGAGCUGGCAUCCGCCGAGAAUCCUAAACUGAAUGCCUUUCACUGGGGGGGUUACAUCCGAGUUUCUCCAUCUUCCCCAGCCUCUGACAACUCUUCUCUGCAUAUCUAGAACUGGCUAAAUUGCCCAAAUAUGCUAUGAUGCUGUGUUGGCUGCAUAAGUGGAUGUCUCGGAUCCAGUAUAAGCCAGUAUUUUACUACGUAUUAGCGG